AUGGAAAAUCCAAGAAGUGACGGUACAACUGAAUUUUCUGAGGCCCGAAUAAACCGCAUGGAACGGAUGUUAGAGGUUUUAACUGAAGCAAUGUUACAACAACAAAGACAACAACCUCUGUCUCCUCCACCCCCUUUGGUCCAAGUGGAACCAGUAAAUAAUGAAAUCAUCAGCUUGACUCAGAAGUUCAAUAAAAUGAAACCACCGACUUUCUUGGGUGGAAUUGAACCUUUAAAAACUGAAACAUGGAUGCUAGAAAUUGAAAAACUAUUUGAAGUCUUUCCAUGUACAGAGACUCAAAACGUUUUGUUGGCCACUUACAUGCUGAAGGACGAAGCCCAACGUUGGUGGAUACUUAUCCGAGAUAACAAUGGAACUUUAACUUGGGACCAAUUCAGAGAGAUUUUCAAUGAAAAAUACUUCCCACAAUGUUUCCAAGAUCGAAAAGUGUCCGAAUUCCAAGAACUCAAGCAAGGCAAUAUGUCAAUAGUAGAGUAUGAAGCCAAGUUUACCAAAUUGGCCCUGUUUGCUCCAUACAUGGUGGAUACCGAUUACAAAAAGGCUAGAAAAUUUGAAGGAGGCUUGGCUUUAGACGUGUUUGAUCGGGUCGGUGUAUUAAAAUUGCCCAAAUAUGUGGAUGUGCUUGAUAGAGCCCUAAUGGCUGAAGCCAACCUAGCUGCCAUGAAACAAACUAAAGCUCCAACAAUUGAAUAG